AUGCAUGGAGCUAGCUGCCCCAAGUGCGGUGCCGCUUCUGACGGCGUGAGCAAGUCCUGCGACUCCUGCGGCGCUGUAUGUGGUCUCUUGUUCCGAUCCGCUAGUUUGUCUCUUUCUUUUCUGAGCUCCCAGCCUCCGAUUCGGAGCUGCCACUUCGGAUUUAGACCUACCCAAUCUUCCUCUUCUGCUUGUUUGAGAGAAACAUGGUAG